AUGGCAAAUGUGGGGGUUCUAGACAAGCGCAUGCAAAGCAAGCUAAACAAGCUGAAUGUGUCGGUAUUCACUCCAGCACUGCUAUUCUCGAAAGUCGCUUUCUACUUGACACCUGAACGCUUGUCUGAGCUUGCGAUUGUUCCGAUCGGCUUUGUGUGUGUCACAUUCAUGUCAGCUGUCGCAUCCAUUCUGACAUCGCGGCUCCUACGUGUUUUGCCCUCACAGCGACCUUUUGUUACGGCUUGCGCGAUCACGCCGAACUCCAACACUCUGCCGGUAGCACUCAUUUCCUCUCUAGUGUAUUCAGUCCCGGAGCUCCACUGGGUGCAAGACGGCGAGGAUUCGGAUCGGCCUGAACUCAUGCUCGGCCGUGCACUGACUUAUUUGGUCAUGUUUUCGACAUUUGGGACAAUUCAGCGCUGGAGUAUUGCAGCGAAGCUUAUGGCUCUUGUAAAAAUGGUGCAUCCACAGGGCCUGGUCAUGGGCAAUCAUGGUUACGCAGAAGGCGAUGGCGAAGAGUCAAGCCGCUCGGGUUUCCGUGACGACGUCACAGACUGGCUCGUGGACCAGGGACACCGGUCUCAAUGGGCUGAGCAGAAUUCAAUUUUCCAUCACACGCCUGUGGCUGGUUCAUCAGAGCGUGCUGGACUACUGUCAGAGGAGCCAGACGAUAUCGGCACAAGACGCCGGUCUCUGAUGUCCCAUGUAUCGUGGAAUACCAUUUGGCAAAAAUACGUUUUGGCACCGUGGCGCGCAUUCCUUGACUUUAUGACUGUGCCCUUGUGGACGUCGCUACUAAGUUUCGUGGUUGUCUUGAUCCCCCCGCUACAACGGGUCAUUGUGUCGUUCGAUUCCGUCACAGGUGCCGUUGAGCAGCUAGGUCAAUGCAGCAUUCCCAUGUCGAUUCUUGUGCUGGGCGCCUACUUUUCCGGCUCCGAUGCGCCAGGCACGGAUCUGGUGAACCGAAAUUCCAUCAUUGAGGAGCCGAUGAGCGAGGCACAGCGGAAAGAGAUCGAGUCCUGGGAAAAGCGUGUCACAUGGCGCACCAUCAUUGCUACAUGUGCGGCUCGCAUGAUUGUUGCACCGCUGAUCAUUCUGCCUGCCGUUGCAUUCUUGUGCCUCACGAACGACUCGAAGAUCGUGGACGAUCCGGUGUUCAUUGCGUGUGCAUGCUUAUUGAUUGGCUCGCCACCCGCACUAACACUAGCGCAGAUUUCUCGGCAGCGGGGUGAUCCGAAUGGCAAUCUAGAGGCCCUCAUCAGUGGCACGAUUUUCGUGAGCUAUGUGUUUUUGACCGCUCCCGUGACGGUCCUGCUUGUAUUUGUUGCGCUGUAUCUCGACAAGAUGCAGGCUCGCUUCGUAUAG